GCUGUGACUGGGACGAUAGAAAUUACGUUGACAGCCGUUGAGAUUGCAACAAACAUCGUGUAUUGAAUUUCUUUUUAGAGUGUCAAAGUCGAUCAGGAUUGUACACUUUUCUUCUCUCAUAUCCCCAGAAAAACACAGCGCAAAAUCACAACACGUGUGUGUCAUGUGGGAGUGAACAGAUCUCCAGUGGUGCCAUGCUUGCCACCCAGAGUCCUGAGACUGGCCCUGAGGCUAAAGAUUUCAAACAGUGGAUCAAGGAGAAUAUUGCUCUAACACUGAAGGCUCUUCAGAAGCGCUAUGUGACCACAGACCAGUGGGUCACUAGUGAGGACUCAGAGGCUAACCUGCUCUGCUGUGCCCUGGAGGCGGUUUUCAUCCACGGCAUCAGGGGCAAAUAUAUCCGAUCAGACGCGGGAGGUCGUGGAUGGAAAGGGGGUUCACGGGGAACUCUUCCUCAGCCAGUAUUCUGGUGCUUGCUCAAGACUGUUACGCACAGGGAUGUGAUCUCGGAACUGGAGAACCUGAGCUUCAUAAACACGGACGUGGGGCGUUGCCGCGCGUGGGUGAGGCUGGCCCUGAACGACGGCCUGCUGGAGUGUUACCUCACCUCUCUCCUGCGUGAAGAUGUGAAGCUCAGUGGGUACUAUCAGUCCAAUGCUCUGCUCCUGGACCUUGAGGAGAGGGAGGUGUUACUCAGCCUCCUACAGGGCCUGGCCUCCCUGUCCUUUCAGCUUUCCUACAAGUCAGCUGUACUGAACGAAUGGACCAACACCCCUCUAGCUCUCGCGGGGCUGUGUCCCGCCACCCCGGCAGACAGCUUCGGCCUCCAGCACCAGGCAAAGCACAAGGAUUCCUGGGAUUCGGUCUCUCAGUCGUCCGGAGGCUCGGACGCGGUUCAGGAGGUUACGCGGAAGGUGCCGGGACGCGGGGCGAACGGGGGCAGCGAGAUGGUGACCCACCUGGCCUCGUCCAGUCUGAGUCUGGACACGAUGGGUUCGUCUCAGCUGUCGUCCAGCCUGAGUUCAGACAGCCUCAUGCCGGGACAGGAACUCCGGAGCCCUGAGAGAGAGAGCUGGAGCUGCGACAUGGACAUCGUUAACAAUGCCGAGAACAAGAGCGCUCUGGCAGAAGAAAGGGAGUUGUCCGGUCAAGACCUCGUAAAAGACGACCUGGAAAUCUACAGCCCAUCGCCCGAUCACCAGAGCGAAACCAUCAUCUACAGCGACUCAGACAAAGAUAUAACCACCACGCCUCCAACAGACAUGUAUGUUCAGGAUACAAACACACAGCUUUCACCCUCAGUAGAGCUGUCUGUCUCCCACAACAGCACGCCCUCAGCUGUUCUUGAGGGUGAGACGAUAAGUGAGCUUUCUCUGGACAAUGAGACGAUAGGAGAAACAGAAAGGGAAGCGAACCCAGAACCUCAGACUGGUGUUGAGACAACUCAUUUAAAAGUGAAACAUUCCGUCAGAGAGAGGGCAGUGAGAGAAACGAUCGACCCCCCAUCAGUCCAGACCAACAGCUCUGACUCCUCUGAGACUCUAGUGAAGGCUCCUGACCGACAAGUCACAGAGCCGGCGUGUCAGACGGCCCCUACCCCAGUGCAGCCGCCCCCCAUACACCCAGUGCUCAAACGCUCCGCAAGCACCAUAAGCAGGAGAACGUCAGCGGACUCCCUGUCCUCUCCCGGUCUCCCUAACUCUACGUCCUGGAUCUCAGAGGACGAUUUCUAUAAGCCUGUUCCCGAUGACAGCAGCCAUCUUGAGGAUCCUUAUAGUGUCAGCAACUCCUGUAUGAAUGGUAGUGUCUCUCCAGUCGCUGAAUCAGAAACCCCCCAGUCCCCUCCCAGUGUGGUUCACCGCAGGCAGAUUGGUCUUUCUAAUCCAUUUCGUGGUUUAUUGAAGCUGGGUCAGUUGGAGCGCCGCGGUCCUAUGGGUAUAUGGCGCGAUUAUUACUGUGAACUCUCUCCCUACGAAUUACGUCUCUACAUAAACGAAGAGGAGCGCACCUGCUACGAAAACUGCUCCCUCCUGCGAUGCGAAGACGUGCACCUCUACGCGGAAAAUGACGGACGCUUCCGACUCACAUUCUCGGGAAAGAAGCUCUACCUGCGCGCUCCCUCGAGAGACGAGGCCGAGGAUUGGGUAGAAAGCAUCACGGAGGCCGUGAACAAGUGCCGGCCCACGCUGCGAGACGAGCAAUACGAGGUGCUUCGGCCGAGUCGAGGAGGAGACCAGGACGCUCCGUCGCCCGUUUCUGCUCCCUCUAGCCCCGAGCACGUGCCCCACCAGUUGCCCGAACCUCCCCAGCUAGACUGGACCCGACAGGUAGACUCGGAACUAGACGCUAUAAAAGAAACGGUCGUGUACCGGCAUCAAGGGGAGAAGGGCUGGACCUCUUUGGUGCUCUCCCUGUCUCUGGAGGCCCUCAAGGGCUUUCGGAUCCAGGAGGGACGCAAGAUCCCCAUCUUCACCCACUCCAUCGAGUCCAUCCGAGACGUCGUCCCGGAUGCGUCUCUGGGAGGUCCUGAGUUUUUUAAGGUGUUGGUGGGAGGGGAGACGCUGACACUACGGACAGAGAGCGGUGUGGAGGCCAGGAGGUGGAGGGAGUUCAUCAGGCAGGCUCUGAACUCCUACCUGGAUGAUGGGACACUGGAGGAUGUGCCCAAGCCUGAGGGGGAACAGAGGGGGAAUGUCCACAGACUAGUCCAGCACAGGCUAAAGGAAGACGCCAUCAUGCUGCCUCAUCUUACCACUGUUCCCACUGAGAAGGGACUGGAUGCACAGAACUUCAAAUGUGCAGGUUGUCCGAGGCAGAUUGGCGUGUCUCUGGGGAGGGCCAGGCUGUGUGAGUUCACAGGACAGAACUACUGCGAGAGCUGUCAUCAUGGCAACGCCAUUGUCAUCCCCUCUCGUAUGAUACACAACUGGGACCUCACUGCCCGAGAGGUUUCACGGCAAGCCCUCAAGUUCUUGGCUCAGAUUGAGCAUGAGCCUCUUCUGAACCUUGAUCACUUGAACUCAGACCUGUUUGAUCACUCUGAUACCAUGGCAACGGUGCAGCAACUGAGACAGAGACUUCGUCUCCUUGGCGACUACCUGCUCAUCUGUCGCAGUGGAAUCAAAAAGAAAAUACUGGACAGGCUUGAACAAAGGCCGUACUUGUUAGAGUCGAGUGAUCUAUACAGUGUGCUUGAUCUGAGACAGAUAGCAGAUGGUCAGUUUAGGCCGUACCUGCAGUCUCUGAUCCAGUUCUCAACCAAUCACGUGCAUCACUGUGACCUUUGUACCCAGCGAGGUUUCAUUUGCCAAAUCUGCAAUGCAGACAACAUCAUAUUUCCCUUUCAGUUUGAGACCACGACCAGGUGUAAUCAGUGUAAGGCGGUCUUUCACUCCUCUUGUAAGUCUCAGACUCCUGACUGUCCUCGCUGUAUGCGUCUGCAGAAAUAUCUGGAGAGAGACUUGCAGGACUGAAGAGUACAUCUGUCUGCACUUCCCACAUCUGCAACUUGCAAAAGGCCAUUAGACUUAGGCCUUAGUGCAGGUGCGGUGUUUGACCCUUAAGACUGCCUGUAGCUACCUGGAGCUGAACAUCAUCACCCCCUCUUAGCUUCAACUGGAUGAAUAUUAACAAGCCAAGUGCACUUACAUAUACAUACAUGUACAUACUGACCUACAGUUAUUAUACACACUCAGAAUGUGUCUAUUAUCAAAUGGAUAGGGGGAUUCAGAGAGGGUGCUGAUGUGUGAGGACGAUGUUACAACUUGCACUAACUCAGAGACUCAAUACAAUUUCUUUUUUUUCCUCUCUUUUUCUUUUUAGAUUUUACAUUAAUGGAGGCUCUGCUCACUGUUUAAUACACUUUUACCUGAGAGCUCUUUGACUUAGACAUCCAUAGCGUUACUCUGUCUCAGACAUACAUAUUUACCGGAGCACUUUUAAAGUACCGCACAAAGAGAG